AUGCGAGACGUAUACUCAAAGGCCGACCACGUGUUUGUAUGGUUAGGCGAGGAAGAUGGGACGAUAGCGCUAGCGAUCAGCUCUAUUCAUGCGAUUGUUGCACAGUGCAAGGAGGAAACUCAAAAUUUUGUUAAGUUGGUCGAUAUAAUAUGGGCUGACAAAACGUACACAUACUCCGACGCUGGUCUGCCAUCUGUAUGCGAUUGGGAGGCGUUGUACAGCUUCUUCUCGUCUCCCUGGCACACCCGCCUGUGGCCGAUCCAGGAGGUCUGCCUCGCCAAAGAGGCAAUAUGCCACCGUGGACAGCAUACUAUUCUGUGGAGCAAGAUUGCAUUGGCCGCCCGGUGGAUGUAUCACAGGAAAUAUUGGACCAUUGGCAAUCAAAGAUGCCGCGGUUUGGAUUGCGCGGCCGAGGUGUACCAUAGCUCUGGCGGACCCAAUGGUUUAUACGAACACCUGCAGCUUUGCCCGUACUUCGACGCAACGGAUCCAAGAGAUAAAAUCUUCGGCCUCCUAGGCCUUAGACCCCCUUCCUCCCCAGGCGCAGAGGGCCAAAGCUUUGCGAUUGUGCCCAAUUACCAGCGCAUGUCCCUGAAGGACGUGUACGCGGCUGCCGCCAGAGUUGCGAUUGCCGAGGGGAGCUUCGUGGUGCUGAAGCGAGCCACUUUCCUACUUCCGCCGCCGCUCGAUAUACCGUACCCGGACACGCUACAGAUUGGUUCAUUUCCGUCAUGGGUACCGAGAUUAGAUGGUUCGUGGGAUGCCCGACGAGGGUCGCCUAUGCCAAUAAUUGCUAGGGCUGGGAAAUCUGCGGGCGGAGAUUUCAGGCUAAGACCUGUCUCUCUACCUGAUGAUGCAGACGUUUUGCUGCUUCGUGGUCUGGUAGUCACCAAGGUCGCACGAACUAGCAAGCCUUUGAGCUAUGAGGUCCUUGACGAUCCAGCCGAAGCCGCAAACGUUAUAAGGCAUGCGUGGGCCAUAGCUACGGAACAGUAUUCAGCAUCUUAUGACGCUAGAGGGGCUCUAAUAAUGUUCAUUUUCACGCUUACUAGUGCUGGAAGAAACGCCAAUGGCCAAAUGAUUUACGGGGACCUUGCACAUGAACAAAGAUUCGCCGCCUUUAUGCUCAACCACGGCGGCCUCGACACGCAAGUAGACAAAGUUCUAUCAGGAUUUGUGGCGGACCACGACCCUAAGGAAUUUCUCGGGUCAUUGGUUGAAACUACUAUGAACAGAUGCUACAUCAUCGGCAACUCCGGAGAACAAGCGCUGGGGCCCAUCGGUGUACAAGUAGAUGAUAUCCUUGUUAUCAUCUUGGGGGCGGAUGUGCCUUUCAUCUUGAGACCAGUUGAAAACAAGUGGCGACUUAUAGGCGACGCCUAUGUUCACGGUAUAAUGGAGGGUGAAUAUAUUGAGAUGAUGAACAUCCGUGGAAUUCUCGACAAAAACGUGCUUCAAUUUGCAACGAUAUGA